CAAGUCAUUAAAGCGGCAAUAUUAUAUUAAUUUAUUAAAUCACACUUGAUGUCAACUGAUACGAUAUAACAAAAUAAUAGAGAAAUAGUAAACAAAAUGCAUCGUAUUAAAAAUCAUAAAAUAAAGCGGGAGAUGUCGGACACAUCCUCAACAAGACUGCAAGACAAUCAAGAUCAUGAUUUGGCGUAUUACAUUCACGAUAGAGUGGAGUUGAUGCACCAAGUGUUUUCUGUAAUAAAACCGAAAGAUUUAAAGGCUAUGGCGCCAGAGUGCGUUCAACACAUUUCAAUAGAUGAUUUACAAGAGCUAUGUACUGAGGAGCUUUUAGGGAUAAGUUCGAAGCGUCUGUGCGCAAUAUUAGAUGGAGCAGAGCCACCAAGCGAUACAGAGUCUUCUGCCUCAGAACAAAUGGAGACUAUUUCCCUAGACAGCAUAUCAUCUGACGAUGAAAUUUUAAGCCAGCCCUGCACUAAAAACAAGAAACACAAACAUAAAAAACACAAAUCAAAAGUAAAGCACAAACACAAGAACAGUGACAGCAGUGACAAAGACAGGGAAAAAGUUGAAGACAGGUCGAAAGCAUCAAGAGCAGGUCUAACUGUAUUGGAACUACUUGAACUACAAGCCAGAGCGAGGGCUAUAAGAGCACAAUUACAACAAGACAAUAUUAGCAUGCCAGCAGAACAGACUGCAAACACAGAAAAAAAUGAUUCUUCAGAUGAAGUAGAGAUAAAAGAAGAACCUCCAGAAGUUGUGGAAAUCAGCAGUGAAGAUGAAAAGCCCAAAAUAGAAGACCUAAAUGUGAAACCUCCCCAGCAAGAAGAAUCUCCACAAAAGGAAGACAGUACACAAAGUAACACAGAAAAUUCGACUACAGUAAAAAGAAUAAACAACUUAAUUAUAACAGUUCCACAGGCAAAGCCUUCACGUAAAAUUAAAUUAAAACGGAAUAAAGUUGUGACUAUUUCAAUUAAUACUAGAACAGAAGACAAAGAUAAAGAAAAGACGGAUGAAAGUGGUGAUUGUAAUAUUGUUUCUGAAAGUACAUCCAAAAUAUUAACUUCACAAAAAUCUAACGAGAGUGAGCUUAAGCCAGAACAAAAUAAAAAUCAGAGUAAACCAAGAAAAAAGCAUAAGAAAAAGUCAAAACAGAUAGAAAAAGAUGGAAGUGAUCACGAUGAAAUAACUUUACAGCUCUCUGACACGGAAAAAAUGGAUCUACUUGAAGACCUAAAUAGAAAAGACUACGACAGUUUUACGAGUUCUGAUUCUAAAGAUUCUGAAAGUAGUUCUGAGAGUGGUUCGGAUAGAAUACCAGAAAAAUCAUUAAACAAUAAAAUCACUGAUACAUCUGUUGCUCCAACUGUAAAACAUAGUGAAAAGGAUACAAGUAAAAGUUUAGAUAAUGAUAAAGUAAAAAAAGAUAAACAAAUAUCAGAACAAACUAUUGAUUUAAUAACAGAUUAUUCUGAAGGAGUCGAGAAACCAGAAAUAAAAAGCAAUAAUAAUGGUGAAAGUUCUGUAGAUACCGAAACAACACAUUCGAAUAAUAAAAAUGACUGUGAAAAUAGUGAAAAAAUCGACAAUAUUCAACAAGACAGAGAAAAGUCUUCUUGUAUAGAUAAAAAUCAUGAAGAUGCAGAUCUUCCAAAAAUUGGUAAUGGGGAAGAUGACACUUUACAAGCCAUAAUAAAAGACAAGAAAAAUAAUGAUAAUGACCGGGAAUCCAACAAUGAGGAGCAAAUAGAAGAAGGUGAAAUAGUCAACAAAGAUUUAUCUGAAGGUGAAAUGUCCGACAAAAAUAAUUCUGACAUAGAUCCAUCCUCUGAAAUAGUGUGCAUAUCUGAUGAAGAAAGUAAAAUGCUCAAAAAUGUAAAGAAUAAAAAAGAAAAAAAGUCUAAGAAAGAAAAAAAAUCAAAGAAAUCAAAACAGGAUUUUUGUGAAAGCAGUGAUCAAAACUUCUUUAAAGAUAAUGGUUGCCAAGAAGCUAAUAAAAUAAAUCAAGAGCAGCAAUGCUCUAAACAAAACGGUGAUAAUGAUAUUACUGAAGAAUGUGAGAAUAUAAUAACAAUAUAUGACGAUGAUAAUGAAAUAAUGGAAAUUUUGGAACUAUCUGACAAUUCUGAUACUGAAGGAAAUUCAGUAUUAUCAAAGGAACCGACAGCUGCUGAAAUAGCUGCUCUUUCAGCCAAAAUAGACGAAAUAGACAAUGUAGAGAUUGGAACCAAUAAUAAAGAUACAUCUGAACCAGUAGACUAUGAUAAUGAAGUAGAAAACAUAUCAUGGCGAGAUAGGUACUUAGGUAGCAAAAAAGUAAAAAAAGUUUUAACAACAGCGAGCAUUCUUAAUGCACUGAGAAAGAAAAACAAGGAAUUAAAAACAAAGUUAGCAGUUGCGAAAAAUGCUAGCAAUGACAUUAUUCCACCAGCAGCCGAAUCAAAUGUUUUAAUUGAAGGCUCCAUUGAGCAUUUUAACACAUUACAGGGGUCUACUAAGUAUGUUGAUCCUGGAGUUAGUACAGAAGAGUGUAACGAAACUGAAGACAAUAGUGAAAAUAAAGUGACAAAAGAAAUGGAAAAAGAUGCAAAGCUGCUAUUGAAAAUGUACAAAAAAUUACUGAAAUAUAAUGACAUGAAUAAACAAAAAGAUCCCAGUAAAAAGAAGAAAAAGAAACAGAAAAAGAAUAAAGAUAAGGAAAAGGUAAAGAAUUUGGAAUAGAUCUUUAUGAUUAUUAUAAUUAUAAGAACAAUUAAAAAGUAAAGAAAUAUAAUUAUAAAACAAAGAUUUUGUAAAUAAUUCUCAAAAGAAUUUAACAAAAAAAAAAAAAAUAUUCGCAUACAGUAACAUUAUUGGUGUAAAGUUAGAUAACUUUAAAAUUAUAGAUAAUUUAAAAUAUAUAUAUCUACCAAU